AUGGCGCACAGCGGUCGGUGGCGCUUCCCUGCCCGGCCCAGCAGCGGCUGGGGCCGCCGGGGGCUGGGGGGCUCCCGGCUCCUGUGGCUGUGCUGGUGCUUGUUUCGAGAUGCAUCCUCCAUAGCUCCCAGCCUUGUACCUGAAGAGGCCGGGAAGUUUUCAGGUGAGCAGCAUGCCAAGAAAUACAGCCCAGAACCAGAUGAGCAGUUCUUAGGUUUCGGUUCAGACGAAGAGGUCAAAGUACAGAGCCCCACCAGAUCCCCCACAGUGAAGUCGAGCCCGCGCAAGCCCCGCGGGAGGCCCCGGAGCGGCUCCGACCGCAGCUCGGCGGUGCCCUCGGACUCGUCCUCCGUGUGCUCCCCCUCGAGCAAGUCCGAAAGCGCGUCCAUGGAGAAGGCCAAGAGGAAGGAAUCAAAGAGCGGGGAGAAGAGACGCGGGAGACCGCCGACGCUCGCCAGCGUCAAGUUCAAGCUGUCGCAAGUCAAGGACGCGGCGGAUGCUCCCAAGGGAAGUAAAGAGGAGAAAGAAAGCCUGAAAAAAAUCAAAAGGUCACCAUCCACUACGUUUCAGCAAGCGACGAAAAUCAAGAAGUUAAGAACUAGCAAACUCUCCCCCCUAAAAUCCAAAUUUAAGGCCGGGGCAAAGCUGCAGAUCGGGCGGAAGAGCGUUCAGAUGGCGCGCAGGAGAGGCAGGCCGCCGGCUUCGGAGCGCUUAAAGACACCCUCGCCCUUGGUCCUCAACUCGCAGCUGGAGAAACCACAGCGGGUGCGCAAGGAGAAGGACGGCACGCCGCCGCCCCCCAAGGAGGAGAAGGCCGCCGUGCGGCAGAGUCCGCGCCGCAUUAAGCCCGUGAGGAUUAUUCCAUCCACCAAAAGGACCGAUGCGGCAAUUGCCAAGCAGCUCCUGCAGAGGGCUAAAAAGGGGGCGCAGAAGAAGAUCGAGAAGGAGGCGGCGAAGCUGCAGGGCAGGAAGGGGAGAACGCAACUCAAGAACAUCCGGCAGUUCAUCAUGCCGGUCGUGAGCGCCAUCUCCUCCCGCAUCAUCAAGACACCCAAGCGCUUUAUCGAAGACGAGGACUACGAUCCGCCCAUCAAAAUAUCCAGGCUGGAAUCGACGCCCAACAGCAGGUUCAGCGCCACGUCCUGUGGCUCCAGCGAGAAGUCCAGCGGCGCUUCCCAGCACUCCUCGCAGAUGUCCUCGGACUCCUCGCGCUCCAGUAGCCCCAGCGUCGACACCUCCACGGACUCCCAGGCUUCCGAGGAGAUGCAGGCACUUUCCGAGGAGCGCAGCAACACUCCGGAAGUUCACGCGCCUCUGCCCGUCUCGCCGUCCCCUGAGAACGACGGCAGCGACAGGAGGAACAGGAGGUUCUCCAUGGCCGAGAGGAGCUUCGGCCAGCGGGCCGCCAAGAAGCUGCCGGCGCUGCCCAGCGCGCCGCCGCCGGCGCAGCAGCCGUCGUCGUCGCCGCCACCGCCGCUGCUCCCACCGCCGCCGCCGCCGCUGCCGGCCGCGUCGGGCCUCGCGGAGCACACGCCGUGGCUCAUGCCGCCCACCAUCCCGCUGGCGUCGCCGUUCCUGCCCGCCUCGGCCGCCCCCAUGCAGGAGAAGCGCAAGUCGAUCCUGCGCGAGCCCACCUUCCGCUGGACCUCCCUGAAGCACUCCCGCUCGGAGCCGCAGUACUUCUCCUCGGCCAAGUACGCCAAGGAGGGCCUCAUCCGCAAGCCCAUCUUUGACAACUUCCGCCCGCCGCCGCUGACGCCGGAGGACGUGGGCUUCGCGUCGGGCUUCUCGCCGCCGGGCGCCGCGGCCCCCGCGCGCCUCUUCUCGCUGCACCCCGGCUCGCGCUUCGACGUGCACAAGCGGAGCCCGCUGCUGCGCGCCCCGCGCUUCACGCCCAGCGAGGCCCACUCCCGCAUCUUCGAGUCCGUCACGCUGCCCUCGUCGGCCGGACGCAGCGCCGCGGCGACCCCCGCAACAGGUGGAUCUUCUAGGAAGCGAAAGAGAAGAGUGUUUAGCCCUAUCCGAUCGGAACCCAGAUCUCCUUCGCACUCCAUGAGGACGAGAAGCGGGCGACUUAGUAGCUCUGACCUGGCAACUCUCACCCCGCAGUCUUCUGUCUCUUCCUCAUUAACUAGCAUUUCUGUUAGUUCUCUUGCCACUAGUGCCUUAAAUUCAACUUUCACUUUUCCUUCCCAUUCCCUCACGCAGCCCGGGGAAUCCGCAGAGCGAAGCCAGAGGCCGAGGAAGCAGCCUAGCGCUCCGGCAGAGCCUUUCUCAUCUACUAGCCCUACUCCUCUCUUUCCCUGGUUCGCCUCGAGUCCCCAGGCAGAGAGGGGGAGAAACAAGGACAGGGCUGCAGAGGAACUGUCCAAAGAUAAAGAUGCUGACAAAAGUGUGGAGAAGGACAAGAGCAGAGAGAAAGACAGAGAGAGAGAGAAGGAAAACAAGCGGGAGUCAAGGAAAGAAAAAAGGAGGAAAGGGUCAGAAAUUCAGAGUAGCUCUGCUUUGUUUCCUGUAGGUAAAAUGCCCAAAGAAAAAGUUGUCAGUGAAGAUGCGGCAGCAUCAUCUUCUGCAAAAAAGCCUGCCGGGCGGAAAAAGUCUACGGCAAUAGACGCCGCGGCAGACGCUUCCACUGCUGCUCUGGCAGAUGCGGCCGCGGUCAAAACCAAAACGUCCAAGAAAGGCAGAGGGGGCUCAGACAAAUCAGAACUGGAGCCGAGCCCCGCCGCGCCCUCCCUGGAGAAGGAGAAGGCACCGCGUCUCCCGGCUCCCUCGUCGAGCGCCGUCAAGCAUUCCGCUUCCUCCAUCAGCUCUAUGUUGGCGCAAGCAGACAAGCUGCCCAUGACCGACAAAAGGGUAGCCAGCCUCCUGAAGAAGGCCAAAGCCCAGCUCUACAAGAUCGAGAAGAGCAAGUCCCUCAAGCAGGCCGACCCACCGAAAGCCCAGGGACAAGAGAGCGACUCGUCCGAAGCAUCUGUGCGAGGCCCGCGGAUCAAGCACGUGUGCAGGAGAGCGGCGGUGGCACUGGGCCGCAAGCGCGCCGUGUUUCCGGACGACAUGCCCACCCUGAGUGCCUUACCGUGGGAAGAGCGCGAGAAGAUCCUGUCUUCCAUGGGCAAUGACGAUAAGUCCUCGAUAGCUGGCUCGGAGGAGGCCGAACCCCUUGCUCCACCCAUCAAGCCGAUCAAGCCGGUCACGCGAAACAAGGCCCAGCAAGAACCUCCCGUGAAGAAGGGCCGCCGCUCGAGGCGCUGCGGGCAGUGCUCGGGCUGCCAGGUGCCCGAGGACUGCGGGGUCUGUACCAACUGCCUGGACAAACCCAAGUUUGGGGGGCGCAAUAUAAAGAAGCAGUGCUGCAAAAUGAGGAAGUGUCAGAACCUACAGUGGAUGCCUUCCAAAGCAUAUCUCCAGAAGCAAGCAAAAGCUGCAAAAAAGAAAGAGAAGAAAUCCAAGGCCAAUGAAAAGAAAGAAAGCCAUUCUGGGAAGAACCAGUUGGACUCUGGGCAGAAACAAGUUCCUCCACCUGCUGUGGCCAGAGAAGACCCCACCGCCGCCACGAGGAAGAGCGGCGAGCCGGCCCGCAAGCCCGCCGAGGAGAAGCACGAGGACGGCGCCGCCUCCGUGCCCGCGGCCGAGCCCAAACUGCUGCCCGCCUCCGGGGCCAGAAGGAGCAGCAAGCAGGCAGCGCAGCCCCUGCAGCUCCCGCCGUCUCAGCCACCCAGCUCUGCACCCCUGAAAAAGGAAGCGCCUAAGCUCGCUGCUGCUGAGCCCAAGAAGAAGCAGGCUCCACAGCCAGACAUAGGAACAGAACAAAGCAAACAGAAGAAAAUCGCUCCUCGUCCAACUUUCCCUGUGAAACAGAAACCGAAAGAAAAGGAAAAGCCCCCUCCUCUCAGCAAACCGGAAAGCAGCACGCUGAACUUGCUCAGUACUCUGACGAAUGGAAGCAGUUCCAAGCAGAAGCCGCCUACAGAUGGAGUCCAUAGAAUCCGGGUGGAUUUCAAGGAGGACUGUGAAGUGGAGAAUGUUUGGGAGAUGGGGGGGUUAGGCAUCGUCACCUCGGUACCUAUUACUCCCAGGGUGGUCUGUUUUCUCUGUGCCAGCAGCGGACAUGUGGAGUUUGUGUAUUGCCAGGUGUGCUGCGAGCCCUUCCACAAGUUCUGCUUGGAGGAGAGCGAGCGGCCCUUGGAGGACCAACUGGAGAAUUGGUGCUGCCGCCGCUGCAAGUUCUGCCACGUGUGCGGGAGGCAGCACCAGGCCACCAAGCAGUUGCUGGAGUGUAACAAGUGCCGAAACAGCUAUCACCCCGAGUGCCUGGGCCCAAACUACCCGACAAAACCCACCAAGAAGAAGAAAGUUUGGAUAUGUACCAAAUGCGUUCGCUGCAAGAGCUGUGGAUCGACAACUCCAGGCAAAGGGUGGGAUGCACAGUGGUCUCACGACUUCUCGCUGUGUCACGAUUGUGCCAAACUCUUCGCUAAAGGAAACUUCUGUCCUCUCUGUGACAAAUGCUAUGAUGAUGAUGACUAUGAGAGCAAGAUGAUGCAGUGUGGGAAAUGUGACCGCUGGGUCCACUCUAAAUGUGAAAACCUUUCAGAUGAAAUGUACGAGAUCCUGUCGAACUUGCCCGAGAGCGUGGCGUAUACCUGCAUUAACUGUACGGAGCAGCACCCCGCGGAGUGGCGCCUCGCUCUGGAGAAGGAGCUGCAGGCUUCCCUCAAGCAGGUGUUAACAGCCCUGCUGAAUUCUCGAACCACUAGCCACUUGCUGCGUUACAGGCAGGCAGCCAAGCCACCCGAUUUAAAUCCGGAGACAGAGGAGAGUAUCCCAUCCAGAAGCUCUCCGGAAGGCCCUGACCCUCCUGUCCUGACAGAAGUCAGCAAACAGGAGGAGCAGCAACCUCUGGAUCUGGAAGGAGUGAAAAGAAAAAUGGAUCAAGGCGGUUACACCUCUGUGUUGGAAUUUAGUGAUGAUAUUGUGAAGAUAAUUCAAGCAGCCAUUAAUUCGGAUGGAGGGCAGCCAGAAGUUAAAAAAGCCAAUAGCAUGGUCAAGUCCUUCUUUAUUCGGCAAAUGGAGCGUGUUUUCCCGUGGUUCAGUGUUAAAAAAUCCAGAUUUUGGGAGCCGAAUAAAGUAACCAGCAACAGCGGGAUGUUGCCGAAUGCGGUGCUGCCCCCUUCGCUUGACCAUAACUAUGCUCAGUGGCAGGAGCGCGAAGAGAGCAACCGCACUGAGCAGCCCCCUCUGAUGAAGAAAAUCAUUCCAGCUCCCAAACCCAAAGGGCCUGGAGAGCCAGAGUCGCCAACUCCUCUGCAUCCUCCUACGCCACCGAUCUCUAGUUCCGACAGAAGCAGGGAGGAUAGUCCUGAGCUGAACCCGCCCCCAGAUGUGGAGGACAACAGGCAGUGUGCACUGUGCCUCAAGUAUGGCGAUGAUAGCGCUAACGAUGCUGGGCGUCUUCUCUACAUUGGUCAAAACGAAUGGACCCAUGUGAACUGUGCUUUAUGGUCGGCAGAAGUGUUUGAGGAUGAUGAUGGUUCACUGAAGAACGUGCAUAUGGCUGUGAUCAGGGGAAAGCAGCUGAGAUGCGAGUUCUGCCAGAAGUCAGGUGCCACAGUAGGCUGCUGCCUCACUUCCUGUACCAGCAACUACCACUUUAUGUGCUCACGAGCCAAGAACUGUGUCUUUCUGGAUGAUAAGAAAGUUUACUGCCAGCGGCACCGGGACUUGAUCAAAGGAGAGGUGGUUCCUGAGAAUGGGUUUGAAGUCCUUAGGAGAGUUUUUGUGGACUUUGAAGGGAUCAGUCUGAGGAGGAAGUUUCUUAGCGGCCUGGAACCGGAGAACAUCCAUAUGAUGAUUGGUUCGAUGACUAUAGACUGCUUGGGAAUUCUGAAUGACCUCUCGGACUGCGAGGAUAAGCUGUUUCCCAUCGGCUAUCAGUGCUCGAGGGUGUACUGGAGCACCACGGAUGCCCGGAAACGCUGCGUGUAUACCUGCAAGAUCAUGGAAUGCCGACCCCCUGUCAUAGAGCCCGAUAUCAACAGCACUGUGGAACAUGACGAUAACAGAACAAUUGCUCAUAGUCCAGCACCUCUGGCAGAAACUCUGUCCAAAGACAGCAGAAAUACAGGUGAAAUUGUGAGCCCGCCGUCCCCGGACCGUCCCAUGCAUUCUCAGACGCCUGGUUCCAGCUACUGUCCACUAGUCCCAAAGGCUCCCAGGAUCAGGACGCCAAGCUACCCGUCGGCACAGAGGUCUCCCGGUUCUAGGCCUUUGCCUUCUGCAGGGAGUCCUACCCCCGUGACCCAUGAAAUAGUGACAGUAGGAGACCCCUUGCUGUCCUCUGGGCUGAGGAGCAUCGGUUCUCGGAGACACAGCACCUCUUCUUUGUCACAGCAGCAGUCCAAACUCCGGAUGAUUUCACCCCCAAGGGCUGGCACCACUUAUUCCAAACACAGCGUGUCUUCAGUUGCAGGCACGGGGUCCUCCUCAGAACACGAACUGAGCGUCAAGGGCCCUGAGCGCUUUGUGGGAUCGGUGAGUUCGGGCGCCCCAAGUGCUCCGCUUCAAAGCUGCGCUAGCAGCGGCGCGAGCUCCCAGAAGGCACCGGCUACAGGUGGAAGUAAAACUUACCAGCUGGAUGCACCUCAGUGCCCAGAAGCAAAGCAGCCUAGUGCUUCCGAUCCCACGGCCAAAGGAACGCCGGGCAGGGCAGAGAAGAUGAAAAUGCUGCCCUCUAAAGACCCAGAUGGUUCAGCUCAUGGUUUUUCUUCGGGAGGAAGUUCCAAAGCGUCCGCCCAAGCACACAGCUCGGCAAGCACAGAACUGAGCGUUAAAAUAGGAACCUUUCAAGAAUCUUCAGGCUCUUUUCCUUCCAAAGAAGCAGUGCCCUUUGCGUCUUUGCACCAGAGGGGCCCAAGGAAGGAGAGAGACCAGCACGCGGAGCCUGCGCAACUGGAGAAAACGGCUUUGGCUGAGGAGCUGGAAGCCAAGAGCCUCAAGUCUGCAGGGGCGAACAGCAGAUCUCCGGCAGGGAGCGAGCAGGCCCUUCCCACCUCCCGCGACAGGCGGCAGAAGGGGAAAAAGUUAAUGAAAGACGCCAGUUUUAAAGAGAAACAUUCCUUGAAGUCCCUUACGGAUUCCGGUCAAGCAGUAGGCAGCGAUGAAGGGAACUCGAAGGCGGAAUUUGGCAGCCCGGCUCUCGCGCCUGAGCAGGUCGCUCAGAGGCUGUGUAACAGCGUUGCUGCAGAGAAAGCAGGGGAGAAGUCCCCGCCGGCGCAAGGCUCCUCGAAAGGUGCCGUGCCACAGGCCGAGGCGGCCUCGAAGGAGCCGCCGGCGCCCAGGAAGCGCACUGUUAAAGUCACCCUGACGCCUCUCAAGAUGGAGAGUGAGAGCCAGUCCAAGAAUGCGCAACAGGAAGGCGAUGCCGAACCUCAGCCUGCAGGGGCAGAAACGGCCCCUCUGACGGAGCCCUCCUCGGCCUCGGAGAACCCAGAAGGAGGCCCUGCAGUGGAGGGGAGUCCCAGCGACACCCCGGCGCAGGAAUCCCAAACCAACACGUAUGAGAACUUACCUGUCCAAGACAACAGCUUACUGCUGCAGGACGGGGCCAAGGCUCCCGAGGAAGGCUCCUACAAGCGGAGGUACCCGCGGCGAAGCGCCCGGGCCAGGUCCAACAUGUUCUUUGGCCUGACUCCUCUGUACGGCGUGAGGUCUUACGGCGAGGAGGACAUCCCGUUCUACAGCAACUCCACCGGGAAGAAGCGAGGGAAGCGCUCUGCCGAAGGGCAGGUGGAUGGUGCCGACGACUUGAGCACCUCGGAUGAGGAUGACUUGUACUACUACAACUUCACUAGGACGGUGGUUUCCUCGACCUCAGAGGAGAGGCUUGCACCCCACAACUUGUUCAGGGAAGAAGAGCAGUGCGACCUGCCCAAAAUCUCCCAGCUAGACGGGGUCGACGAUGGGACUGAAAGCGAUACCAGUGUCACGGCAACGAGCAGAAAAGUGAACCAAGUGAGUAAAAGGAGCGGCAAAGAAAAUGGGACGGAGAACUUGAAGCUAGAUCGAACGGAAGAGGCCGCAGAGAAAGUGCAGGUGACCAAGAGCGCCGCUGUGCACAAGGCGGACCCCAAGAUCGACAACUGCCAUCCCGUGAGCAGGGUGAAAGCGCAGGGCCAGGACUCGCUGGAAGCCCAGCUGAGCUCGCUGGACGCGGGCCGCAGGGCCCAUGCCAGCACGCCCUCCGAGAAGAACCUACUGGACACGUUCAACACGGAGCUGCUGAAGUCCGACUCGGACAACAACAACAGCGACGACUGCGGGAAUAUCCUCCCUUCGGACAUCAUGGACUUUGUGCUCAAGAAUACGCCCUCCAUGCAGGCCUUAGGAGAAAGUCCGGAGUCGUCUUCCUCGGAGCUCCUGACGCUCGGGGAAGGCCUAGGUCUUGACAGCAACCGCGGCAAGGACAUGGGCUUGUUUGAGGUGUUCUCGCAGCAGCUGCCCACGACCGAACCGGUGGACAGCAGCGUCUCCUCCUCCAUCUCGGCGGAGGAGCAGUUCGAGCUGCCCUUGGAGCUGCCUUCGGAUCUCUCGGUGCUGACCACGCGCAGCCCCACGGUGCCUAGCCAGAAUCACAGCAGGCUCGCCGUCAUUUCUGAGCCCGCGGAGAAGAGGGUUACGGUCACGGAGAAGGCCGCCUCCGCCGACGGGGAUGCGGCGCUCCUAAGUCCCAGAGUGGACCCCAGCCCCGAGGGCCACAUGACUCCGGAUCACUUCAUCCAAGGCCACAUGGACGCCGAGCACAUAGGCAGCCCCGCGUGCGGCCCCGUCGAGCAGGGCCACGGCAGCAACCAGGAUCUGACGCGGAGCAGCGGCACACCGGCCCUCCAGGUGCCCGUGUCGCCCACCGUGCCCCUGCCGAGCCAGAAGUACGUGGCGAAUUCCAGCGAGAGCCCCGGGCCCUCUCAGAUUUCUAACGCCGCGGUGCAGACCACGCCGCCGCAUCUCAAGCCGGCCGCCGAGAAGCUCCUGGUGGUCAAUCAGAACAUGCAGCCGCUCUACGUGCUGCAGACGCUCCCCAACGGCGUCACUCAGAAGAUACAGCUGACGCCUUCCGUGAGCUCCGCGCAGAGCGUCAUGGAGAGCGGCGCCUCCGUGCUGGGGCCCAUGGGCAGCGGCCUUACGCUCACCGCGGGCCUCAAUCCGAGCUUGCCCUCGUCUCAGUCGCUCUUCCCUCCCGCGAGCAAAGGCUUGCUGCCCAUGGCCCAUCACCAGCACCUGCAUCCCUUCCCCGGCACCUCGCAGAGCGCCUUCCCGCCCAGCAUGGGCAGCCCCUCGCCCGGCCUCCUUAUCGGCGUGCAGCCCCCCGCCGAUCCGCAGCUGCUCGUGUCCGAAGGCGGCCAGAGGGCAGAGCUGGGCGCCGCCGCUCCUGCGGCCAGCGCGCCGCUCGCCAAGAAGCGGCCAAUAUCCCGCCUGCAGUCGCGGAAGAACAAGAAGCUGGCUCCCUCCGGAACCCCUUCUGCGAUAGCGCCUCCCGACAUGGUCUCCAACAUGACUUUAAUUAAUUUCGCCCCUUCCCAAAUUUCCAACCACCCCCUGGAUUUGGGAAGCAUCGCCAAUUCCACGUCGCAUCGCACCGUCCCCAACAUCAUCAAAAGGUCCAAGUCCGGCGUCAUGUACUUCGAGCAGACGUCUCUGCUGCCGCAGGGCGGGCCGGCGGCCGGUGUCGUGGGGCCCGACGCGGGCCACCUCCCCGCGGGACCCGCUUCGGGACUGGCCUCCGGCUCCUCGGUCCUCAACGUGGUGUCCAUGCAGGCCACGGCCGCCCCCACGAGCGGCGGCUCCGUGCCCGGGCACGUGCUGGGGCAGAGCUCCGUGACGUUGACCAGCCCGGGCCUGCUGGGGGACCUCGGCUCCAUCAGCAACCUCUUGAUCAAGGCCAGCCAGCAGAGCCUCGGCCUGCCGGAGCAGCACAUGGCUCUGCCGCCGGCCUCGGGGAUGUUCCCGCAGCUGGGCACGUCGCAAACGCCCUCGACGGCGGCGAUGACGGCCGCCUCCAGCAUCUGCGUCCUGCCCUCGGCACAGGGCAUGGGCAUGGCGGUGGCGCAGAGCUCUGCCGACGCGGAGGGCUCGUACCAGCUUCAGCACAUGACACAGCUCUUGGGCGGCAAGGGCGGCGUCGCCUCCUCGCCGCUCGAGCUCGGCGCCGCCCCGGCCGCGCAGCUCCCGAGCUUCCCGCCGCUCGUGGACGUGCCCGGCGCCGCGGGCCUCGAGCAGGGCAAGGCGGCCUCCUCCGUGCUGCACGGCAGCUCCGCGUCGCCCGCGGGCUCCCCGUCCUCGGGCCAGCAGUCCGCGAGCAGCUCCGCGCUCGCGCCCGCCAAAGCCAAGCCCAAAGUGAAGCGCGUGCCGCCCUCCGCGGACAAGGGCAACGGGAAGAAGCACAAGGCUUCACACCUGUGGAGCGCUGCCUGCGAGGCGCCCGCUCCUGACCGGGGGGCCCCGGCUGCUUCCCAGCUCCCCGCUGCAGGCACGGGAGAGCCUUGCGCGAGUGCGGAUGCCCAGGAGGCGGCAGGCGCGGAGCAGCCACCACAGCCGCAGCGUGGGCAGUCGGCAGGGCACAUGGCUGUCCUCCCGGAGUCUCAAUCAGCACAAAGCUUGGCAAAUGAGCAGGAAAAUGCAGGCUCAAAAGCUCCCGAGGAAGAGGAGAGCACUUUCAGCUCCCCUCUUAUGUUUUGGCUUCAGCAAGAACAAAGGAGGAAGGAGUGUCUUGGUGAGAAGAAACCAAAGAAAGGUUUGGUUUUUGAGAUCUCGAGUGAUGACGGCUUUCAGAUUUGUGCAGAAAGUAUUGAAGAUGCCUGGAAGUCCCUGACUGACAAGGUGCAGGAGGCCCGUUCCAACGCUCGCCUGAAGCAGCUCUCUUUCGCAGGUGUGAACGGUUUGAGGAUGCUGGGCAUUAUCCACGACACUGUCGUGUUUCUGGUUGAGCAACUUUACGGAGCAAAGCACUGCCACAACUACAAGUUCCGGUUUCAUAAGCCAGAGGAGGCCAACGAACCCCCUCUGAAUCCCCACGGCUCUGCAAGGGCUGAAGUCCACCUGAGGCAAUCUGCAUUCGAUAUGUUUAACUUCUUAGCUUCUAAACACCGACAGCCGCCAGAAUAUAACCCAAACGACGAGGAAGAGGAGGAGGUACAACUGAAAUCAGCCAGGAGAGCCACGAGCAUGGACCUGCCCAUGCCCAUGCGAUUCCGGCACUUGAAGAAGACCUCCAAGGAGGCGGUCGGUGUGUACAGGUCUCCCAUCCACGGCCGGGGUCUCUUCUGCAAAAGGAACAUCGAUGCGGGCGAGAUGGUGAUUGAAUAUUCGGGCAACGUCAUUCGCUCCAUCCUCACUGACAAACGGGAGAAGUACUACGACAGCAAGGGAAUCGGCUGCUACAUGUUCCGCAUUGACGACUCCGAGGUGGUGGAUGCCACCAUGCACGGGAACGCAGCCCGCUUCAUCAACCACUCGUGCGAGCCCAACUGCUACUCGCGGGUCAUCAACAUCGACGGGCAGAAGCACAUCGUCAUCUUCGCCAUGCGCAAAAUCUACCGCGGGGAGGAGCUCACCUACGACUACAAGUUCCCCAUCGAGGACGCCAGCAACAAGCUGCCCUGCAACUGCGGCGCCAAGAAGUGCAGGAAGUUUUUAAACUAGAACUGGGGCGAGCUGCGAGCGAGCCCCGCGGGGCCCGGGGCGAACCAAAGCGUAGAGGGAAUCCCUGCUCCGUGCCGGGGG